UAAAAUAAAACUAGGCCCACGUACAAACUUUAAGCCCACCAAAAGUCAAAUGUCUUGGAUAGUCCGGUUGGUCACAAAACUGACAAUCGGCGGAGGAGAAAAGGUAGUGCCAAAUAUUAGCCGGCGAUUCAGAUGGAGACGGUGGUCGAUAAAGAGAUUCUUAAGUCUUCCGGGGCUGAGCUCCUUCCCGACGGACGUCGUGGUUUGCGCAUCCAUGACUGGGAGAUCGAAACCCUCCGUGGCACGAUUCUCACUUCUCUCGCUGUCGAAGAGUGGGAAGAAAAGCUUAAGACAUCUCACUUACCUGAAAUGGUUUUUGGUGAGAAUGCAUUAGUCCUAAAACACUUAAGUAGCAACACUAAGAUUCAUUUUAAUGCGUUUGAUGCACUAGCGGGUUGGAAGCAGGAAGGGCUUCCACCUGUUGAAGUUCCUGCUGCGGCACAAUGGAAAUUCAGGAGCAAGCCGUCCCAGCAGGUGAUACUAGAUUAUGAUUACACGUUUACAACGCCAUACUGUGGAAGUGAAGUAGUUGAGAAAGACAAUGAAGCGGUUGAGGCAAAAGCUAAUCCGAAGGGGGAAGCUACUCUUCAGUGGGAUAACUGUGAAGAUCAGAUUGAUUUGGCUGCUCUCUCACUUAAAGAACCUAUUCUCUUCUAUGAUGAGGUAGUUUUGUAUGAAGACGAGCUGGCUGACAAUGGAGUGUCACUACUGACUGUUAAAGUGAGAGUCAUGCCAAGCUCAUGGUUCCUCCUCUUACGAUUUUGGCUUAGAGUUGAUGGUGUGCUUAUGAGAUUGAGAGAGACUAGAAUGCAUUAUACGUUUGGCAAAGAUGAGACACCAACUGUUCUUCGUGAAAACUGUUGGAGAGAAGCUACAUUCCAGUCUCUAUCUGCGAAAGGGUAUCCAGUUGACUUAGCAGUCUGGAGCGACCCGAGCUCCAUCAGUCAGAGGCUUCCAGUGAUUAAGCAUACGACACAGAAACUGAAGAUCCCUCGAAAAGUUUAAGCUGUUUAUAAAGUUGCAAGUUAAAUCCAAAAGAACGGACCGAUGAGCUUUCUAUUCAGUCAAAAUACUUACUAUUGAAUUUGUUAAUGUAAGGAGUUACUCCAGUUACUUAUUGUGGUGGUUUCAUAUGAACACUGAAACGCUCUUCCUCUUCAUGUUCUUCUUACACUCUUAUUGCCAUACCUCGUUCCCACCAUAAUUCCCCUCAUUGUUGAAAGUCUAUGAUUAAUGUAUUCACAAUAACGCAA